ACGACACUUGUAAACAAUCUAUCGACCAAAAUUCAAAGCUCUUCCUAGCUACAAUCGAUCGAUUACAACAACAAUUUUCAACGCUCUCUUCAAUAUAGAAUCAAUCAAUACUGUAUUACAUUACAAAGAAUAUCAAUUUGUGUGUGCUCAUGUUUAUUCUUGGAUUCAAAAGUUACAAGACUGAUUUUGUUGUUGAGAUUUUUUGUACAACAUGAUUGUUUCUGCUCUUUUGACAUCUGUUGGUAUAAACACUGCUCUAUGUGUUUUGUUCUUCACACUUUACUCUAUAUUGAGGAAACAAUCAAGCAACUAUAAAGUUUAUAUACCACGUUUGUUAGCUUUAGGAGCUUCAAGAAUAACACCUUUUAAUUUAAAACAACUUAUACCUUCCCCUGAUUGGGUUGCAAAAGCCUGGUCCAUUUCUGAGGAAGAUCUCUUUACAUCAGCAGGUUUAGAUGCUCUUGUUUUUAUGCGUCUCAUCACCUUCAGUUUGAAAAUAUUUGCUUUCGCUGGGGUUAUUGGGAUCCUUGUGCUUGUUCCUAUCAACGGUUGGGGAAAUCAGUUAGAAGAAGUUGACAUUGUUGACUUUGCCGGUAAUUCUUUAGACGUGUUUACCAUAACAAAUGUAAACAGUGGCUCUAACUGGUUAUGGGUUCAUUUUUUUGCUGUAUAUAUUGUAUCUGGAUUCACAUGCUUACAACUUCAUCAUGAAUAUAAAUACAUAGCUUCCAAAAGAAUUUCUUAUUUUUCUUCAUGCAAACCUCAGCCACAUCAGUUCACUAUUUUAGUUCACAGCAUUCCUACUUCCUCAAGUUGCAGCAUCAGUGACAGUGUCGAGAGCUUCUUUAAAGACUUAUACCCGUCUACAUAUCUUUCACAUGUUGUUAUUCGCCGUACAAACAAAAUCCAAACUCUCCUGAGUAAGUCAAAGAAUUUGUAUAGAAGGAUUGCUCAAUUACGUUCAAAUCCUACUCAGCAAAAGUAUAAGCAUGGUGGUGGUAUUUUUGGAUUUUUUGGACCUAAAGAUAAUCUUAUAGAUCAUUAUGGGAAAAAGUUGGAGGACAUUGAGGAAAAUCUAAGAUUGAAGCAAUCAGAGGCUUCAUUGAUAGCAGAAGAGGCACGAGCGGCUUUUGUGUUCUUCAAGUCUCGUUAUGGUGCCGCAUCUGCUUUCCAUUUGCAACCAUCAAUCAAUCCAACACAGUGGAUUACCGAGCCUGCUCCACAACCUCAUGAUGUUUUCUGGCCUUUCUUUUCUGAAUCAUUCAUGAAACAAUGGAUUUCUAAGUUAGUUGUUAUAGUUGUGUGUAUUUCUUUCACAAUUUUGUUCCUUAUACCAGUUGUAAUCGUUCAAGGGCUUACCAAUCUGAAACAACUCGAAGUUUUGUUUCCCUUCUUGAAAAGUAUUUUAGCUGUAAAAUUUGUUACUCAAGUAAUUACAGGAUACCUUCCCAGUCUUAUCCUUCAGAUGUCUUUGAAGUUGGUGCCUCCUGUUAUGGGAUUUCUUUCCUCAAUUCAAGGAUACAUCUCACACAGUGAUAUAGAAAUGAGUGCAUCUAAAAAAGUAAUAUGGUUCACAGUAUGGAAUGUUUUUUUCGCAACUGUAUUUUCUGGCUCAGUUUUCCAUCAGCUUGAGGUCAUCCUUGAUCUGAGGGACAUUACUGGGAAACUCGCAGUUGCAGUCCCGGCGCAGGCAUCAUUUUUCAUUACAUAUGUUGCCACAACAGGAUGGACAAAUGUGUUAUCAGAACUACUUCAGAUAAUUCCUCUCAUUUCCAGUUUGAUAAAAAGGCCCUUCACAAAACAAGAAGAUGAAUUUGAAGCUCCAUCAUUUUUUUACCAUAGAGAUGUCCCGAGAGUUCUUUUCUUUGGUCUUCUUGGCAUUACAUAUUUCUUCUUAGCUCCGCUGAUUUUACCAUUCCUCUUGGUUUAUCUCUGUCUUGCAUAUAUUAUUUAUAGAAACCAGGUCAGGUUUCUUUGUAUGCUUAGUCAUUUUAUCCAAUAUGUAUGUGAGAUUCUUGAAAAUUGGUUGUUUACAUGGCUUGCACUGAUACAAUGCUUUUGUAUUAUGCAGUUCACAAAUGUAUAUACACCAAAGUAUGAAACUGCAGGGAGAUUCUGGCCUAUUGUCCACGAUUCGAUGAUAUUCUCUCUAGUACUUAUGCAACUCAUUGCAGUGGGAAGCUUUGCAUUAAAAAAACUCUCUCCAGCUUCAACUUGGACACUUCCUCUACCAGUAUUCACUCUUCUAUUUAAUCAUUAUUGCCGAAGACGAUUCUUGCCUAUAUUUACUGCAUACUCAGCAGAGAGUUUAAUAAAGAAGGAUAGGGAAGAUGAGAAGGAUACCUCAAUGGGUGAAUUUUACAAUCAAUUGUUAAAUGUAUAUAAAGACCCUGCUUUAUUUCCAAUUCAACACUCUUCAAACACUGAUAGUCUUGUUAGUCCCCUUUUAUCUUAAGCUCAAUACCAAAUGAUCACAACAUGUGAUGUAAGAUGUAAAUUUGAAGAACAAUGGAGUGCAAAAGCCAGAAGGUGUGGUAUUGUGUGCAGAAGCCAUAUUUGUGUAUAUAUAUUUAUUAUGAGUGAUAAGUGAGAGUAUAUUAGCCAUAGAGAUUAGAUUGCUUAAUUGCCACGUUUAGUUAGAAUAUGCAACUACCAAGUGAUUAGUGGAGAGGGCUCUGGAUUGUUUGUAAUGGUAGAAACUAUAAGUGGCAAACAAUUUUGGUAUAGGAAAGCAAACAUAACAAUGAUUUAUUGUGAGAUAUUGUUACUAGAAUUCAAUAGUCACAGUUCACUUUUACUACAAGCAA